UGAAAAAGAAAUAAACCCUCCAUAGCUUUCGCGCGGGCCCUGAUGAAACCGUAAUGAAAUUUCUCCUAUUUUCCAGCGAUUCUGUUUUAAGUUUUUUGCCUGCGGGAUACUUAGAUUCGGGAAUACGAAUAUGCGCGCCGUCCAUAGGGAAGAUUCCUUUCAGUAAUUCGCAUCUCCUUUUCUUUAUGCCCUUCUCCUUAAUUUUCCAGCAUCCAAAACUCCCCUGAAUCUUGCACCUUAGCUUAAUCCCGCCGCCGCGGCAUCUCAAUACUUCAGUUCAACAUAGGAGUUUGCACUGGACAGAGUUAUUUUGUUCGAUGCCGGCAGAUUCUUGCUGGCAUUGAGAAUGAUUCAGCUUAUUACUGAAACUCUGAUGGGUAUCCAGAAUAAAUCAAACUCUAGUAGAGCCCUUGAAGGUCUCCAUGGAGUUACCAUCGUGGCUGAGUCACAAUUUGCGGUGGAAAAGACUACACAAGAUGGGGAGUUUUCUCAAAGUAGUUGUGGAAAUUCAGCUAUAAGUGUGAAUCAGCCAUUUCUAAAGCAAUGGGUAUGGGAGCAAAGACCAUCCUGUCUGAGACCUGUCGGGGGUUGUAUACAAGGUGAUCGAAAUUUGGCAGAGAGGGUGGCUAAUGUGCUUACCUCACUUCCUUUUAUUGCUCUUGGAAUCCAGGCACCUAGGAGGAAUUUCUCAAUGAAGCUAUAUGCUAAUUCAUUGAUUGGAGUCGGAGUUGCCUCGAGUUUAUAUCAUUCUUCUAGAGGAAAAGUGAGACAAUACCUAAGAUGGGCCGACUACACAAUGAUAGCUGCAGCCACAGUGUGUCUUACAGGAGCUCUGAAAAACGACAACCCAAAGUUGUUGAUGGCUGCAUCUGCACUUCUAUUGCCUUUGAGGCCCUUUACGGUUUCUGCUCUUCACACUGGGAUGAUGGAGGUAAUAUUUGCAAAAAGAGCUUUGAAGGAUCCAGAUUUAAGGAUGGCUCACAACGUGCACAAAAUGUCAACAUUGUUAGGUGGUGUUUUUUUUAUUGCUGAUGAUGCUUUGCCCCAAACUCCAUUCAUUCAUGCAGCUUGGCAUCUUGCUGCUGCUGUUGGUGUCGGAACCUGCAAUAAACUUCUCGAGUAAUUUUUCUCGAGACAAAUAGAAAUUCGUCGACGUUAUGGUCUUGCUUUCUUGGAGAACAGCAUUGUACAUCAAGGAAGAUUCUCAGUUGAUCGUUAUGUAUCUAUUAGAUUAGUCUCUUGCUCAAAUUCUUGAGCCCUUGGAUCUUCAACUAAUUCAGGAGUAAACAAGAAUAGAUCUGUGAAAUAGUUGAUGUUGAAAAGGGAUGAUAUUAUCGCCAUUGUUUAUGAUUAAUGAAGAAAUAGAACAGAAGAAUUUUUCUUA